UUGAGCCGGAGUCUAGCGCGCAAGUCCGGAGCGGAGCCCUGCAGCCCCGCAGCCCUAUAGUCCCAUAGCUCUACGACCCCGCGGCCCUGCAGCAGCCCCGCAGCCCCGCUGCGGCCCCGCAGCCUGCGCCCGGACCCGGUAACCUCCCUCCCGCGUGCGGCUGGGCAGCCCCAACGGCCCCAAGGUUCCAGGCCUGUGGAUCCCAGGACCGGGUUUUGUGCGCUCACUUCCCCGGGUCCUCUUUACGCGAUCGCCCUCCACCAGGUCAUCCUUGGCCACAUUUGUCUUCAGGAUCAUGUGGUAUGUCAGCACUCGGGGGACAACCUCAUGCAUGGACUUUGAAGGGGUCCUCUUCUCUGGCUAUGCAUCAGAUGGUGGUCUUUUCAUGCCUGAAGAGAUCCCACAGCUGGAUAGAGAGACCUUGCAUCAGUGGAGCACUCUCUCCUAUCCCAGUCUGGUGAAGGAGCUGUGCUCACUCUUCAUUGGCCCCACACUCAUUCCCAGAGAUGACUUAAGUGAUCUUAUUGACCGAGCCUUCAGCAGAUUCCGCCACAGAGAGGUGGUCCAUCUGUCCAAGUUGAGAGAUGGACUGAAUGUGUUGGAGCUGUGGCAUGGGGUGACAUAUGCCUUUAAGGAUCUAUCCCUGAGCUGCACAGCCCAGUUCCUACAAUACUUCCUGGAGAAGAGGGAGAAACACAUAACCGUGCUUGUAGGAACUUCCGGGGAUACAGGAAGUGCUGCCAUUGAGAGUGUUCAAGGAGCCAAGAACAUGGACAUUGUUGUUCUGCUGCCUAGUGGGCACUGCACCAAGAUCCAGGAGCUGCAGAUGACGACAGUGCUGAGGGAGAAUGUCCACGUAUUUGGAGUGGAGGGAAACAGUGAUGAACUUGAUGAGCCCAUCAAGGCUGUGUUUGCUGAUGUGCCUUUUGCCAAGAAGCACAAUCUGAUGAGCCUAAACUCAAUCAACUGGUCUCGCAUUCUUGUGCAAAUGGCCCACUACUUCUUCGCUUAUUUCCAGUGUGCUCCAUGGCUAGACGUGCAUCCCUUGCCUCCAGUGGAGGUGGUUGUGCCAACAGGUGCUGCUGGGAAUCUGGCAGCUGGGUGUAUAGCUCAGAAGAUGGGCCUACCCAUCCACCUGGUUGUGGCAGUGAACAACAAUGACAUCAUCCACAGGACUGUGCAGCAGGGAGACUUCUCCAUGUCCACGGCUGUCAAGCCAACCUUGGCAUCUGCCAUGGACAUUCAGGUGCCCUACAAUAUGGAGAGGAUCUUCUGGCUGCUAUCUGACUCUAACAGCCAGGCGACAAGAGCCCUAAUGGAACAAUUUGAAAAGACCCAAAGUCUGAGUCUACCCAAGGAGCUGCACAACAAGCUUUCAGGGGCUGUCACAUCAUUGGCAGUGUCAGAUGAAACCAUCACCCAGACCAUGAGCCGCUGCUGGGAAGAGAACCAGUACUUGCUGUGCCCUCACUCAGCUGUGGCUGUGAGUUACCACUACCAGCAGACAGAUGGGCAGCAACCCAGCACUGUCCGCUGCUGCCUAGCCCCCGCCUCUGCAGUCAAGUUUCCAGAAGCUGUCCUGGCCGCUGGGCUGACCCCUGACACUCCAGCAGAGAUCCUGGCCCUCGAGAGCAAGGAGACGUGCUGCACCCCGAUGCGGAAGGGUGACGACUGGACACAGAUGCUUCGGGAUACGAUUGAAGGCCUGAGCCAGCGGAGGGGAGCUGACUUCCUGAAUGCCCUGUAAUAGCCAAGCUGGAAUUGACCCCCCUCCCCCCCCGGAAAUGCAUCCUCUGAGCUGCCUGGUGCACUUCUUAGGUUAAGAGUUGUAUGGGAGGGAGGGGGGAGGGCUGGGCAGUAGCGCAGAUGGGUUAAGCGCAAGGACUUUUAAGGAUCCCGGUUCGAGCACCGGGUUCCCCACCUGCAGGGAGGUCGCUUCACGAGUGGUGAAGCAGGUCUGCAAGUGUCUUUCUCUCCCCUUCUUUGUCUUUCCCUCCUCUCUCGAUUUCUCUGUGUCCUUAUCCAACAACAAUGACAUCAAUAACAACAAUAAUAAUAACCACAACAACGAUAAAACAACAAGGGCAACAAAAGGGGGAAAAAUAGCCUCUAGGAGCAGUGGAUUCAUGGUGCAGGCACUGAGCCCCAGCAAUAACCCUGGAAGCAAAUAAAUAAAUAAAUAAAUAAAAGAGUUGAUGGGAACAUCUCAGGGCCUGGAGCCAGCUGGUUUGGCUCAGUCCCAUGGCUGCUAUGUGCUCACAGCAUAGGGAUAUGAUGCCUGGUCACCAGGAGGCUGGGAGUGGAGAUAGGUAUGCUUGGCUUACUCUUGGGGGGUUUCCCCUCUCAUGCCCAUGGCUCAGCAUUAAGGGCAGCCAGUGAUGAGCUUGUACACAGAGUCAACCUGGGCUCCCUGGUUGAGUCUUAUCUUCUGAAAAUAUGAAUGACUCCCCUCCUCAUGCCUUUGACCUUACACUUGCCUCCAGGAGCGUAUCCUUUGAUGUUGAGACAAGUCCCAUCCCUCAGGCUACUUCAGCCUUUACUUAUUAUUAAAUCAUUUUGGAGUGGGGGUAGGGGGAUGAUGAUUUACAAGACUGUUGUUAUCACAUGUAUACAGCUUCCUGCCUUCCUAGCAAAGAUGUCAGCACUCUAUAGUUGUAAAGUAUGUUUUAUUAACAGUGAGUGACCUUCAUCAAUGAGGCUGGAAAGAAUUAUUCCUGUUUCUGAAUUCUAACAGAACUUCCAGGCUUUCUUGAGGCCUGUAUUUCCUUCAAUUCUAGUUGAUAGUAUCAUAGAUUAUGGUUCUAACAAGCACACAGUAGAUAUUAUCUCCUGUCUCCAAGCUUCUUGAAUAAUAGGAGCCAUUGUUCAGCACAACAGACUGAAACAUUUUGCAUUUGCCCCAUCUGUUAAAAAAAACACAAUACUUUAAUACAUUUUUAAAGGCAGUGAAAAUCUAAACUAGCUAAUCUAAACUAGCUCACUAGUAAUUUUAUAUUGAUUUGACCUUACAAAAUAAUAUUUGGUGAUACUGAAUGAAAUAAAUACAUUAUGAACUGUGUCA